AUAAAGUUAGAUAUCGAAGCUGUUAUUUUGAGCGCUGUAUUAACGAGAUUAAGCCUAAACCAGGCGCUUAAAGUGAAGUUUCCUUUGUACGAGUCAGUUUUUCUUUGUAAUCAUAAAUAUUAUCAACGAACAAAAGAACGAGAUCCAAUUCAAUUUUCAUACAUCGAUAUUGAUGAAGAUGAUGAUGAUGAUUAUUUGAAUCGGAGUGGGAUGCCAAAAUUUCCGUUCUUUUUAAAAGCUCCUGAACUGCAAAUGAGUGUUCAUCAAUAUAUCAUUAAAGAUUGUAAGCAAUUGAAGCUAAUUAUUGGACAACUUCAAAUCGAUUUACCGAAUUAUAAUGCUGAUACCAACUACAUCAGUAAACACUAUCUGGACUUGCAAAAAUACCCUCUUGCAGUGAAGAACAUGAUGAUUUGUGAAGAAUUGAUCAGUAACUGUCUUCAACUGAACUGGGAAGGAUGGGCUGAUGAUCAAGGAAAUAUAUUUACCUAUGGUUUUAUUGACGAAAUACUUGCUGAUCAAGGUAUUUUCUCUGAUUUUAUAAUGCCAUCGAUAAUGCCAGCCGUAGUUCUUAACAAAGCUGAAAAGAUUUGCAUGGAAUUUUUAAAAGGUAUUUCUUUCAAGAGCAGUUUUGUCAAUAUUGAAUU